AUGAUUAACUCCCAACUCAAGGUUUUGAAAUUAGACGUUGAUUACAUAUCCUUGUUUGAGAUAGAAGAAUUGAGAAGCAAAGGGUUGGAAUCGUAUGCAUGUAAGUGGGACAGGACUCACUCUGCUAAUCAGUUGCAAGAGACUUAUAAAAAUUUAGAAAAUGGCGAAGAAAUGAAUGGUGAGCAAGACAAUGUAUCAAUAGCCGGAAGAAUUGUGGCUCGUCGAGCAUUUGGAAAGCUUGCAUUUCUCACUCUAAGAGAUUAUUCUGGGACAAUUCAGUGUUUCUCCAAACCAGAUGAAAGCAACGAGCGAGAUUUAAGUGAUCAGUUUGACGAGCUUAAGAAUCUUGUUGAUAUUGGUGACAUACUUGGUGCAAGUGGCUCAAUUAAGCGAACUGAGAAAGGGGAGCUUUCUGUCUAUGUGAACUCUUUUGCAAUUCUUACAAAAUCUCUACUGCCCUUGCCAGACAAAUAUCAUGGUCUAACUCAUGUGGAUAAGCGUUACCGACAAUGGUUCCAAAGGCCCAAGUUGUUGGUGUUAAAAGUUUGUGCUUUUCCCCAAAUUUCCAAAUGGUUUAAAGGUUCUUUCUUUGAUUCUUCUCCAAUAGGAGAUGAAGUUUCAAUAAGAAUGGUUUAG